AUGGCUCAGCCCAAACCACUCUUCAUUCCUUGGCUGAAGCAGCAGAUCGAUUGUGGACAAUACCCCGGCGUUCACUGGGUCGACCAGGAAUGCACACAAUUCAGCAUUCCUUGGAAGCACGCUUUGAGGCAGGACUCCAACAGUGAUGACAUCCUCAUAUUCAGGGCCUGGGCACAGACCGGCUCCAACGGCCAGAUCCAAGGCGACAACUCGGUGUGGAAAAGAAACUUCCGCAGCGCUCUCAGAGCCCGAGGAUUCAAGAUGGUGAAAGAUAACAAGAACGAUACUGCUAAUCCUCACAAAAUCUUCUCCUGGCCAGAUGACACCCAGUCUGGCUGUCCAGAGCCUACGUCUUGCUUUGAAGCAUCUUCUGACGAUUCUUCGGCUUGCAAUGUCGAACUUUCUCAAGAUGCUGUCCUGUACCUGGAAGAAGACGAGCUGUUUCCAGACGGGAACAUGCAUCAUGAUUUGCUGCAGCAGUGCCUCGCGGAUCUGAAUAUCGUUGAAACUCCACCAGAGAUGCCUUCAGAUCAGGCAGUCUUCGUUAUGGAUCCAGUCCAACUUCCCAUGAACCACCUUUCCAUGCACCACCUUUCUCCACCCGAUAGAGCCGAGGCCAGCGCAGGACAGUUCUCUCCCACUGAAGGUGCUUUGGCUCUGUGCCAAUAUUCUCCACCAGAGGGUGCCUUCAUGGGCACGCAGCAGCCCACGCCGCAGGAGCCGCAACUGCCCGUGCAGUCCACUUCUAACGACUCAGGCUCCACCCAGUUUGGGACACAUUUUAAGGUGAACAUUUAUUACAGAGGGAAGCAGGUGUUACAGCAGGUGGUGGAGAACGAGGACGGUUUCUGUGUAAUGUUUAGGAAUGACCCGAAACUAAUGGAAAGCCUGCUCCCUGUUGUGCAGCUCCCCAGCACAGAGUCUAUACUGGACCAGAUCCAGGCCCAGUCAACCCAGUCAAUUUUGAAUAAUCUGGGUGGGUUGGAGGUGAGGCGGGAGGGCGGCAUGCUGUUGGGUUAUCGUUGGGGAGACAGUCGUGCUUACUGGGGACUAGACAAACACGAGCAAAAAGCCAUAGCCAGACCUCUGUCCAAAAACCAGCCAGAGCCCAUCUUUGCCCUUAAAGAAUUUGUACUGGGCAUGAUGAAUUUUAUUCAGAACCGUGGACCGUCUCCUUCGUACUCGCUCUACUUCUUUCUGGGACAGCAGUGGCCCGACCCCAAGAACAAACCAUGGGAGAAGAAGCUGAUCAUGAUCGAGGUGAUCCUCACCGCUCUGGAGGACCUGAAGAAGAUGGCUGCGGUAAACGGUGCGUCCUCGCUGCAGUCCUCUAUGGACUUGCAGAUUUCCUUGGAGCAGAUGAUGGAACUGUGUUAGACACAGGUUUAUGGAGAAAAGCUGGAGCUUGGAGAUCUCCAGGCAUAACUGACCUAUGAUUGUUGGGGUGGUUCCUUUUUAAUAGACAAAAAAAAAACUGGAUUCAAAAGUAUGAAUUAAUUUUUUUCAACAGGUCUAUUGAAAAAGACAUUAAUUAUCUUUACUGUGAAUAUUAUGUUAUGUGUCAUGCAGUGCUUUUAUUUUAGAGACCAAAUUAAUGAUACUGUAUGUGAAGCUCAAGUUUGUGGAUGAAUAAAGAGAAGAAUGGGAAUAAAAUGAAUGUUGUUACCGGGUCUAA